AUGUCCAUAAUCCUCAGAAUCAUAUUCUUAUCAUCCAUUAGUAAAACUAAUGAUGUUGACGAUCCCGAUUAUUUAAAGUCCUUAUUUUCUUUUAAUACCCCUCCAAAUAUUGCUUAUUUGACCAUCACCAUUCUUGGAAUCAUUGUCGACUCGUUUUUAUUAACAGUAUGGUGGAGUGUAAGUUUGAAGACGUAUCAUAUUGCUUUUGCCUUCAUCUCCAUGUUCCAAUUUUGCACGGGGAUCGCCGAAAUCCAAAUCAAUAUCAACACCAUGAGGGCCGAUGUUCACAACAAAUUUAAUCCUAAAUUGUGCAAUAUUGCUUUAAUGGUUACUGCUGCCAUUUACAAUCAGAACUCAAAUGCCCUCCCCUUGAGUAAUUCUAUUUUGCUCGGGUGUAAUGUUGCAUGUGCAGUAGGUUUAUUGUUUAUUGCAUGGCAUUUCAGACGGAGACUUCCUCCUGCGUUCCAAGUUGAAGAAUAUGACAUAUCGAAAUUGAGUCCCUUUCAAUUGGAAGGGUUUGCCAUAUUGAUGGAAAGGAAUUUCAAGUAUAACGGAGGAAUAAGUGGUAAAGCUGCUAUAUCCUUAAUCAAGAGUUAUUUAGCAUGUGAUUUGCCAGGUAUGAGAACUAAAUUGAUUAGAACAUACAACACUAACAAGUCCAAUCCAAGUAAGUUAUGGGAUACUUUGGAUGAAGAAGAUAUUCUUUUUAGAACCAGAUCAAGAGUCACCAGUGACUCGGCAACCUAUAUUGAGAAUGACCCCUUUGAUGUUCAAUCCUACAAACCUUUACUGAAGAACCAAUUAAAAAAAUUGCAAAAAAAGGAUAAAAAUAAGAAUAAGAAGGAAGCAGCUUCAUUAGAGUUAUUGGCUGAAAACUCUCAAGAAUUCUACGAUGUCUUGUGCAAUACAGAAUCGAUUACUUUGUUAACAAUCAUUGAUAAAUAUGAUUUAUCACUGUACAUUCCUGCCAAAUUGGGUGGGAAGGUACUUAAUAAGUAUUUUGGUGCAGACUCCAAAUUACCUUUGUUAUGCAUCAGAUUUGGACUUUUAGGAUUCCAUUGGCCAUUCAGAAGAUCUACAUUUUAUUGUUCACCACCUAAAAAACCCGUUGCUAGGGCCGGGGCGGUGCUUUAUGCCUUAAGCAAAUGGAACUCUAAUUUGCCCAGAAGUGAACGUUGCAGAGUACUUUUGGAUCCAACUUUCAAAACUCCUGAUACAGAGAAGGUCCUUGCAGUCUCUGGUUGGUAUACGGCACCCAUACCCAAUGGUCACAUUAUAGAUUUGAGACCGUACACCAAAAAGACCCCGGAACAGUACUUUAAACUGGUGAAGUAUCGGGUUCAAGUACAACCUUUCAAACAAGAUAAGGGAGAAGUCAUAUAUAUUGACAACCCACUGGUUGAAGACUGUGAUCUUUUGAUGGAACGCUGGGGAGAUAUUUAUAAAAGAAGAGAACAAGGUGGACAAUCUUCGUAUUUAAUAAACCCCACUACCAAUUUCGUUUAUUCCAUGGUAUCUUUUGAAAGUGGAGAACAUAAUGCAAAUGAUGAUCGUUCGUUAAUGUUCUUGAAAGUUGGUGAUGAAUAUAUUGCAUCCUGUAUAAUUUUCAGAUUGGGUAAGACCAUUACAUCAGAUAUCCAAGGUUUAAAUGGUGAAAUUUCUAAGAAAUAUAAGGCAUAUUUCGUAAUGAUGCAAGAAGUCAUUAAGUUGGCUUUUGCUGAAGGUAAAGAAUUUGUUGAUUUUGGACCAACUACUGAACAACCUAAAGUUGAUAUUGGAUGUUCAAUUGUUCCCUUAGUUGGCUCUUUUGAUGCUGGGAAUCCUGUAAUGAGUUGGAUAUGGUGUUUCGGAUUACCGCUUAUGGAUCGUAUCUUUGUAUGGACUGGUGGUAGAUGCCAAUUUGAUCUUGAAACAGCAGAAGUGUUACCUUUAGCUAUCAAACAAACCAUUGAGACAGGUGCAAGUCAUUCAUUGCAGUUAAGUUCUUACCAUUGUAAAAGACAUAAAGGUCAAUGGGUAGGAGGCCAUGAUCCUUCAGGACAUGUAUUUUUAUUGGUACAUUCUUCACUCUUUAUGUUUUUCGAGUUUAUUCCGUUCCGGGCAGGAGUCAACCAAAUCUCUCAAUGGUUUGUCAUGGGAUUGAUUGGGCUUUGGUGGUUUAUGUUGCUAAUGACCAAUGUUUAUUUCCAUUCAAUCACUGAAAAAGUAGUGGGACUUUUAUUUGGAUAUUUUGCAGUGGCUUGGGUUUAUGUGGUAUCUCCUGCCAUUGCCCUUCGUUCUAUUAAAAGACCACCUUCACGUAAGUUAGACUACAAUUGA